AUGGCUUCACAAGAACAAGAUCCUUUCGCCGGCGGCCAAGGUGAAGAAGGUGAUGAUUUCGAAUUGAUGGCUCCAUUACUGGUGGCAAAAUUACAAGAAGCCGGUAUAUCAGCCCAAGAUACGAAGAAACUUGCAGAUGCAGGAUUUCAUACUGUUGAAGCUGUAGCUUUCACACCGAAGAAAACGUUAUGUACUAUCAAAGGGAUCAGUGAACAGAAAGCCGAUAAGAUACUCACUGAAGCUUGUAAGAUGGUGCCGAUGGGUUUCACGACUGCAACUGAAAUCCAUUCAAGGCGAUCAGAGUUGGUACAUAUCACCACGGGAUCAACAGGCUUAGACACCAUUUUAGGAGGUGGUAUCGAGACUGGAGCGAUUACAGAACUUUAUGGCGAAUUUAGAACUGGAAAAUCCCAAAUAUGUCACACUCUCGCCGUGACAUGUCAAUUACCUGUAUCAAUGGGCGGCGGUGAGGGCAAAUGCUUGUACAUUGAUACAGAAGGAACUUUCCGUCCUGUUAGGAUGUUGGCUGUAGCGGAACGAUUUGGAUUGAACGGAGAAGAAGUACUGGAUAACAUCGCCUAUGCAAGAGCAUAUAACGCUGAUCAUCAACUGCAACUAUUGGUCCAAGCUAGUGCUAUGAUGGCCGAAUCGAGAUUCUCUCUACUCAUCGUCGAUUCAUGUACAUCACUGUAUCGAACGGAUUUCUCAGGUAGAGGAGAAUUAUCAGCGAGACAAAUGCAUCUGGCUAAAUUCUUGAGGACGCUCAUGCGAUUGGCGGAUGAGUUCGGUGUCGCUGUAGUCGUCACCAAUCAAGUGGUAGCUCAAGUUGACGGAGGUCAAUUUGCUGUAGCGGACGCUAAGAAACCUAUUGGAGGUAACAUCAUGGCUCACGCGUCCACUACCCGGCUCAAUCUUCGAAAAGGAAGAGGGACGUCACGUGUGUGUAAGAUUGUAGAUUCUCCAUGUUUACCGGAAGCCGAAGCUAUCUUCGCCAUCAAUGCCAACGGUAUAGGAGAUCCCGAGGAAAUGAAAGAGUGA